AUGGCGCCGGCUCCCAGACUGGACGACGUAUCACAAUCAAGCACAACAGAUCAGCCGAGCAACCUGGAAGCCGACUACAGCCCCCAACAUAUCAGACAUGGCAGCUCUGAUUAUUACUUCAAUCUAGCUCAACAGUUGCUUGUUGGAUCAAGCCCGAUAUAUGGCCAAGCCAACAGCUCCGGUACCCAGCGCGUGCCUCGGAUGGCUCAGGACCUGCAAAGGCUCAUUCAAAAUCGGUCCGGUCGGAAAACAGGCCACUUGUUGUCCAUCAUUCAAGUACCUCGCUGGCUGGAGAUUCUGGAUACGUAUGAGGAGGAGAUUGGGUUGCUGUAUCCAUUUCUGGAUGUUACCGAAUUGAGGAACCAACUUCGAGAUUCCUCCUUGCAGCUGGCGGACCAGGAAAACCGGCAAGAAGUUCGCCUUGGUACAAAGCUUGAUGAAGUCCUCAUUCUCGUGCUUGCCGUAAUGGCUGUUCUCGAGGAGCCUGAUGUCAGCACACUUGGUGAUGAGUUUGUAGAACAGGUUGUGAGCGGUACUUGGCGCCGGGUGCAUACUGGAAACGUAGCCGAUCAUGACAUCACACUCAGCAUCUUGAUAAGUAUAUACUACUUCAUGACAGAUCGAGAGUCGCUCGCUUGGCGGAAUAUCGGCACGGUGGUCAGAAUGCUUCAAGAACUCGGAUAUCACAGCUCGUCGGACUUGCAGCAUCGAUUCAAGUCACGGAGCGCCAAAGACAAGGCAAAAAAGGUUCUGUGGUCAGCCUAUACGCUCGACAGACGUUGGAGUUUUGGCACUGGCUUGCCCUUUGCUAUCAACGACUCUGAUAUUGACUAUGACACUGACUUCUUGGACGAAUCUUUGUCGACUGCCUAUCUGAGGGCCAUGGUCGCUUAUUGUCGAAUAGGCGCCGAGGUUCGCGACUCGGCUCUCGGAAUGCCUUCCCCGACUCAUGCAAAAGACUCUGCUCGCGACCUUCUCGACUUCAAGAUCAACGAAUGGCGGCGUAACCUGCCUUCAUGCCUCCAGUUCCAUCAAGACAUGAACUUUGACCCAUUGACAGGCACCCGAGGCCAGUACAGACUUCGCCUUUUGCUUUACCUCAGGGCCAACCAGAUGAGGAUUGUCGUCCAUAGAAAAUCGGCACUCCGAUCUGGCAACGAAGCUAUUGACACUUCAAGUCUAAAUGCCAUGAUCGAGGUGGCGCAAGACACGAUUCGCGUUCUCGCUAAGCUGAGCCAAGUAUCGAAUAUUUAUCAUGCCCAGCAAAAGACUUUCAAUCAUUUUCUGGAAUCAGCUCUCUCGGCUUUACUCUUGGUAACAUGCCGAUCUAACGUUUUAGCCGAUAGAUCUUGUGCUGCCGAGGUACAACUUGCUCUAGACGUGAUUGACCACUUGUCAACGACAUCAUCCAUCACACGAAAGCUCGCCGAGAAGCUCAAGUGUUUUGCGACAACGAGCGUCGAAGCAGAACAGAGACUAAGAAAGUCACGCAGCAACACAUCUUCGAAAGGAAAAUCUACCAACUUUGGGAAAAUUGGUCAUCCAGCUCACAGAUCUGAAACUGUUGAAGAAUCUGUGAGAGGUCCUCCUCUGGCAACAGGAAAUACAGAUGGGACCGUCACUAGUGGUAAUGGGCAGGGCGGUCUCACCCAAGUUAUGCUUCCCCCAUCGCUCAAUCAAGAAAAUAGUGCUACAUGUCAAAUUGGAGAAAAUCCUGGCGACAGCUACUUGGGGGCUGCCCAGCAUACAUUCCAGGACCUAGGCCAGGCGGCUGGCUUCGAUCAGAUGAGCAAUGACACUGUACCUUUAUUAUACCCGCUGGAGUCCGGAUCGUCAGAAAUUUCUCCAGAGAGUAUUCCUACUGAUGUUUCACUACUUGAUAUGGUUGGCGGAAUGGAUCUGCAGCCCAAUGACAGAUGGGACGGGCUACUUUCGGAUCUCAGCGACUUUUGGGUGGAUUAUGAUAAAAUGAUUGCUUUUUGA